AUGUUCAUCCCCAAGGUCCCCACCAAGGAUUCCCCCGAUUCGUUUGAAUUUUGGUGGAAAAUGGCCAUCAGCGCAUUUCUGGUUCUUGCGGGAGGCGUCUUCGCUGGAUUAACACUUGGUCUCAUGGGGCUUGACGAACUUCAUCUCCGUGUAUUAUCCACUUCAUCGGAAGAUAAGACAGAACGGACAAAUGCACAGAUUGUACUGAACCUCAUGCAAAGGGGUCGUCACUGGGUUUUGGUGGUCAUCAACGAGAGCUUGCCCAUUUUUCUUGACAGCGCGAUUGGAGGAGGUUUACUCGCUAUAGCAAUUUCAACAACUGCCAUCGUUAUUUUUGGAGUUAUACCUCAAGCAUUUUGCGCGAGAUACGGUCUCGCCAUCGGCGCACGAUCACCCAUCGCAUAUCCGAUAGCAAAACUUCUUGACCACGUCUUGGGAGCUCACGAUGCACACACCUACAAGAAAGCUGAACUUAAAUCCUUCCUCCAAUUCCACCGUACUGGCCAAGAGCCUUUGCGCGAUGAUGAGAUCGGCAUUCUCAAUGGCGUUCUGGAGCUCAGCAGUAAGAACGUGGAGACAAUCAUGACUCCCAUUUGUGACGUUGUUAUGUUGAGCUCGGAUACGAUUCUGGACCACCCUACUGUUGACGCUAUCCUCGCCAGCGGCUUCUCUCGGUUUCCCGUGCACAAACCAGGAAAUCCGCUCGCAUUUGUGGGCCUCCUUUUGAUCAAGAAGUUACUAGCGUACGAUACCGCGCAAGGGCUCCCAGUCUCACACUUCUCUCUGUCUAUUUUGCCUGAGGCUCCGCCAUCGAUCAACUGUUUCCAAGCCCUCGACUAUUUCCAAACAGGGCGCGCUCAUUUAUUGUUGAUAAGUCGGACGCCUGGUUCCGCUGGUGGCGGAAUUGGUGAAAUUAUAUCAGAAGAGAUUGUCGACGAAACGGACCAAUACGAGGACAACCAGAGUAAGCAGCGUGCCAAGCGCCUGUUCAAUGCGACCGUCAUGAGAGACAUCGUUGAACGGGAGAGAAGCCAGGACGACUAUCCUCAGGCUUACCGUUGUGUGUACGAUUCAAUCGGUGAAUCAUAA